AUGGCGGUCCGACUCGAUGUCAACGUCGUUGAUGGCCAGGAGGCAAGGACCAAGAAGACCAACUGCGUCCCCCUGAAGGACUUCGACGUCUCCGGCAAGACGCUCUCAGAGAUACGGAAAGCACUGAUAGACAAUGGUGGUCUCGACGCUAGCAGAGCGGGUUCUGCAUUCUGUAGUGCGACUGGUGCCCAGGUCAAUGAUUCCACGUCGUUCACAGAUUACAUGGGAAUCCUCUUCGAGAAUUCAGAGAAGGAAAAAGAGAGUGAUGAGAAGGGAAAGAAGAACCCUGUGAAUUCCGCCAACGUUACGGUCCACAAUGUCUACAUAAAGACCAAAGACAAGAAAAGCACCGAUAGAAAGGCAGAGGCAAAGGAGCUCAUCAAGCAGGAGCUGAACUUGAAGCUGAGUGACAAGCCCGAACUGCUUCAGACAUCGCUGGAACAACUAGCGAGCUCCUUCAACCGCGCAGACUGGGUCGCCGAAGGCAAUGAGACAUCGGUAAACCCGGCCGACUUGUCUGAGAAGGAAUGGAACGCUGUCAUCCGCAACAACAACCUUUUAAGUGCUCAUCGGCUGGUCUUUUCGAACCUGGGGCGAUUGACCGAUGGAUCGAAAAAGGUCAAGUUUCGCAGAAUUGAGCGUGCUCCCUAUACCUUCGUUUUGAAACCCAGGAAAUUCGCGUCGCAUGAAAUCCUCGAUGCAGAUGUCAAAGUCGAACAAGUGUUCCGCAUCCCCCGAUUCACUGUCGGAGACGAUUCCUAUGUGGACGCAUUCGAAACCGCCUCUUCCACAGCAUCAGCCAUGGCGCGUAGUUCAUUCUCCUCAAUAGAGGCCGAAGCCUCCAUAGAAGGUGGAGCAUUCGGUUUCAGUGCUGCCGUCAGUGCUGGCUUCUCUCAGAGUGAGAACAAUGCUCUGAGCUCGCAAAACACUGCUGACACCAAGACCAUGAAUAUCACUUACAACUUCCCUCGCGUCGUUCUGUAUUUGGAUCAGUUUGGCGUCGACCUUUCAGAAGAAUGUGCCACCGACCUGGCGAAUGUGAAGGACGCAUCUUCUCUGAUUGCGUUCCAUCAUAAAUACGGCCACUUUUUUGCCACCCGAAUUGAGCUCGGAGGCAGGCUCUUUUCAUCCGAAAAGUUCUCUGCACUUGGUUCAACGACCGAGGAUGAGGCCGCUAGUGCCAUGAAGAUUGCCGCUGCCGCAUCCUUCUCUUCCAGUUAUGUGUCUGGAAGUGCCAGCUACAGCCAGGAGAACCAGACAAAUGCAAAGAAUUCCAGCUCAAAUCGAAACAUGCAAAGCUCUAUCUCAUGGCAGGCCCAAGGCGGAGACACGUUGCUUUGCAACAACCCUCCUGCAUGGUGCCCAACCGUUGCUCCAUCUCAUAAUUGGAGAGUAAUCAAGCAAGAAGAUGUCACCCCGCUCGGCGAGUUCAUUGGCCAGAUCCGCGGCUAUGAGAAUAUCCCCGAGAAGUUCAAGAGCAUAGCGGAGAUUACGAGGAAGAAAAAGGUUGUUAGCUUCCGCAUCAGCCUCCGCGACUACCAGAGAAAGGAUGUCAAGAAGCCCGAGUAUCUGUCACUGCAUCAUGCUUGGAAACUCAAGGGCGAGGUGGAAGUAUUGAGUAGUGUGAUAGAAAAUACUGAAGGUAUCACUCUUCUCCCUCCCUGGAUGAGUGAAAUACUAAACCCUCCCGCAGACGGACACACAACGCGGAUAGAACAUUUCACGUCCCCAGACCCCAUCAUGGAUCUCUACAACAACGGAUGGCCAGGACUCUCUAUGGAGCUGAGCAGCGAGGAAAAUGUCUUCGAUAUCGAAGUUGAUACGCUACUCAACCAAGCUCCCGCAAUCGAAUUCCAGAAACGGUACCACAUCUACAAUCGUAAAAGAGGCCUGUGGCUUCGAUCUUUCACAAUCCCUUUCAAAGGCAAAGAGGUUACUCUGCUCGCUGCUGGUCCCAAGAGCCAGGCGACACUCUUCGAGUUCCGGAAUCAAAACCGCGAGGGCCCGAUGCGACAUGGCGACAGCUGUAGCCUGAUGGUCUGGGGGCCUGACGGGAGGCUGAAGGGUGUCAUCGCCCAUGUAUUACAAAGUCAUGGCACUUCCAUUGGCGCCAUGCAUUACACGGUCAAGGACGAGGUUCAUUUGCGUUUCACGAAUUUGUUGAUUGUGGACCAGGAGGAGGUGCCCACAUAG